AUGACGGGAGAUUCUGGUGAGAUCACCGUGGUCCUCAAAGAUUCUGGUGACACCCGGGUAGGAAAGAGUCUCCUUCAGGCCGAGGUUUUCGACCUGAGAGCACAGAAGGUGCAUCUUGCCGACUGCCUGCUCCUCCGUCUGGCUGGACUACUGGUCCUUUCUCGAGGUCAGUGGCAUCCCGAGCAUCACGGCCAGGGUCACAUCCACUGCCCCCAUCAGGAGGCUCCGGGCACAGGUGAGGGCUCUCCCAGCCUCAAGGUCACUGCAGGCAAUAAUGCCUUUGCUCUCCGCUUCUACCACCUGAUGGCUUCCCAACCCUACGGGAGCAACGUCUUCUCCCCGCUGAGCAUCUCCGCCGCCUACGCCUUGCUGUCCCUGGGGGUCCGCUAGCACAGCCGGACCCAGAUCCUCGAGGGUCUUGGCUUCAACCUCACAGAGAUGUCAGUAUCUGACAUGCACAGGGGCUUCCAGAACCUUCUGCACACCCACCUCCCGGCCGACGGGCUGGAGAUACGUGUGGGCAGCACCCUGUUGUUGAGCCUGGAGCUGCCGCUCCUUACGAGAUUCCUUAACGACUCCGUGACCUUCUAUGAGUCCAGACUCUUCCACACCAACUUCGAUGACUCUGAGGGCACAACCCAGCUUAUCAACAACCAAGUCAGGGAGGAAACUCGAGGGAAGAUUGUGGAUUUGGUCAACGAGCUCAGCGCGGAUACCACGACGGUGCCGGCGAAUUACAUUUACUUCGAAGCUCUGUGGGAGACACCAUCCAUCCCCUUGAUGACCGCUCCCCAUGACUUCUAUGUUGAUGAGGAUACUGUUGUCAAGGUGCCUGUGAUGAUGCAGGAUACCCAACACCACUGGUAUCAUCACGACAGAUACUUGCCCUGUUUGGUGCUAUGGAUAGAUUACAAAGUAAAAGCGACAGCCCUUUUCAUCCUUCCUAAUUGAGGGAAAAUGGAGCAGGUGGAAGAGGUUUUGACUCCAGAGAUGCUGCAGGGUAGAGGUAAUCUGCUUCAGAAGAGGUAUUUUUACAGGAAGCUCAAGUUGUAUAUCCCCAAAUUCUCCAUUUCUGGCUCCUAUGAAUUAGAUCAGAUUUUGCCCAAGCUGGGCAUCACGGACUUAUUCUCGUAGCGGGCUGACUUGUCUGGCAUCACUGAACAGCUAAACCUGCAGGUGUCCAAGAGUUUCCACAAGGCCAUCCUGGAGGUGGAUGAGGUUGGCACCCAGGCUGCAGCAGCUACCAGCGGCUUUGUCACCUUCUGGUCCCGGGACAAUCACAAGCCCUUCCUUGUGGAGAUCUUUUCCACCAACACCCAGAGCAUCCUCUUUCUGGGAAAGGUUGUCAACUCCACGAAGCCAUAG